AUGUCGAGCUCUCACCCCGCGCGGGGCAAUGACGUUCCUCAAGAAGAACAGGAUCGAGCGCCACCACCAACAUACACUGAGCAACUCACGAUAAAUCAUCCCACCGACGAGGCUGGCAGCUCGUCCCAGUCCAAUGCCCAGCAGACGCAGAAUAGCGCAUCUGCACAGUCGACAACAAAACCUGAGGCAUCGUCAUAUGCUAGCGCAUACCGCCCAUCAGACGCGCAGAACGCGUCACUUGGCGAAGAAGAGCCUGCGCCGAACCCGGACCAACCUCCACCCGCAUACACUGAGCUCCCUGGGCAGCUGCAGGACAACAAUGGGUUAGGAACAAAUGCGAUAGUCGCCGAUGAUGGGCGAGUCGACAUUCGCAUCGAUCAGAAGAGCCGCGCACUCUCGCAGCUCAUUCUCCCCCAAAUUCAGCGGCAACUCAGCCAAGUGCAAGAAGACCCUGCCCCACCACCGCCAUACGUCCCAGAAUUCCUCGGAGGAGCCCCCGGACAAAGACCCCCUCCACCGUUGAAUGUUGUCAUACAAGUGGUAGGAUCACGAGGAGAUGUGCAGCCAUUUGUGGCGCUGGGCAAAGUGCUCAAGGAUACAUACGGCCAUCGCGUACGAUUAGCAACUCAUCCCACCUUCAAGGACUUUGUAAUUGAGAAUGGACUCGAAUUUUUCAGCAUUGGAGGAGAUCCUGCCGAGCUCAUGGCCUUCAUGGUCAAGAACCCCGGCUUGAUGCCAGGAUUUGACACGAUGCGGAGUGGUGACAUUGGCAAGAGAAGGAAAGGCAUCGCAGAGAUCUUGCGCGGCACAUGGAGAUCGUGCAUUGAGACUGGUAACGGUCUUGGAGUUGAUCCGCUGAAACAAACCGUGGAGGAGUGGAUGGGCAUUGAGGACCAGUUACCUGAACAGCUGAAGAGGCCUUUUGUCGCAGACGCAAUCAUUGCGAACCCACCUGCCUUUGGUCACAUUCAUUGCGCCGAGAAGCUUGGUAUCCCGUUGCACAUGAUGUUUACUAUGCCUUGGUCGCCGACCCAGCAGUUUCCGCACCCGCUUGCCAACAUCCAGUCAUCAAACGCUGAUGCGAACAUCACAAACUACAUCUCCUACAUCAUGGUCGACAUAUUAACCUGGCAGGGCUUGGGCGAUGUGAUCAAUCGCUUCCGCAAGGACAGCCUGCAUUUAGACCCGAUUAGCAUUGUAUGGGCACCAGCAAUGCUUGCUCGGCUCAAGGUUCCAUUCACUUACUGCUGGUCUCCUGCACUUAUUCCAAAGCCAAAGGAUUGGAACCACCACAUUUCUGUAGCGGGCUUCUACUUCCUUGACCUUGCGCAAAACUAUCAGCCCGCCGCGGACCUUGCCGCCUUCCUUGAUGCAGGCGAGCCACCUGUGUAUAUCGGCUUUGGCUCGAUUGUCGUCGAUGAUCCCAAUGCCAUGACCAAGAUGAUAUUCGAGGCAGUCAAGAUGACCGGAAGGCGAGCAUUGGUCUCAAAGGGAUGGGGUGGCCUUGGUGCUGAUGAGCUCGGCAUUCCUGAAGGUGUCUUCAUGCUUGGGAACUGUCCCCAUGACUGGCUGUUCAAGCGCGUUUCUGCUGUUGUUCACCAUGGUGGAGCUGGAACAACAGCUGCUGGAAUCGCCGCCGGCAGACCAACAGUCGUUGUGCCCUUCUUCGGAGACCAGCCCUUCUGGGGAGCAAUGGUCGCACGUGCCGGUGCUGGACCAGAUCCUGUUCCGUACAAGGAUCUCACGGCAGAGAAAUUGGCCGAGUCGAUCAACAAGGCAUUAGAGCCUCAGUCACUCGAGCGUGCACAAGAAUUGUGCAACAAGAUCAAGCAAGAGGACGGUUGUCAAAAGGGAGCACAGGCAUUCCAUCAAAUGCUAAGGGACAGGCAUCGCCCGCGCGAGUUUUGUAUCGACGACGGACCCGUUGACCCUAUCUCAGGUGGUGCUGGUGCCAUAAUGGGGACAGCAACGUCGAUAAUGAUGGGCGUCGCUGAUAUGCCCAUUCAGACCUUGAAGUUGCUCAAUAUACAUCCUGACGCGCGAGCAAGCAAGAAGGGUAAAGAGAGAGCCAUCGGCGACAAUGCUUCGUCGACCGCAGAAUCUAGUGGCGCCGGUCGCCCCCCUACUACGAGGACUGAGACGAAUGAUACAGAUGUUUCUAUCGACAGUACCGCUCCCGUCAGGAGUAACACAGACAAGACAGCUGUGCAGAGCCCAGGAAUCCGUACAAACAGCGGCACAGCGACUCCACCACCAGACAAGCCAGGGCCUGAUCUUCAAGAAAGCAUGACUUCGGCUGUUGAUACUGGCAAAGGUCUUGCCAGGAUCAUUGGUGCGGGUUUCAAGUCGCCCAUGGACUUUUCGUUGAACGUGGCUAAGGGCCUUCAUAACGUACCAAAGCUGUAUGGUGCAGAGGUUCGCCAAGUGGACAAGGUGACUGAUUUCCAGAGCGGAAUACUGACACAGAUUCAGGAAUUCGGCUUUGGCUUAUAUGAUGGCAUUACUGGCAUUGUCACCGACCCAUACAAGGGCGCGAAGAAAGAAGGUGCCGUCGGUUUUGUCAAAGGUGUUGGUCAGGGCAUCUUCAGCGUCCCAUUCCGGGUCAUGGGCGGUGCCUGGGCUGUGCCAGGUUAUGCUAUGAAAGGAAUCUAUCAAGAAAUGAUCAAGGGCAAGGGCAAGGCCGUGCAAAAUUAUAUCAUUGCCGCUCGCAUUGCUCAGGGCUACGACGAGGCAAACGGGCUCUCGACACGGGAAAGAGACGCCAUAGUCAGUCAAUGGAAGUAUGUCAAGGUCGGGAUCAAGAAGAAGAAGAAUGUUGCCGAAGAUCAAAUGGACUCCCUGCACUCACUCGUACAGGAUAAGAGGAAGAGAAGGCAAGAGAGAUGGGCGCGGGUGAACUCGCACUUCAAACGACCAGAGGCGCAACCCUCGUUUCCACCAGCCAUCAACGAGCACAGUGGGUCUCAGGAGCCGUCCCUGACACAUAGUGUGAGUCAUGGCAGCGCUGCGACGGAACCAGGACCGCGAACAAUUCCGCCAGGACAACAACCAGCUUGGAGACAACGACACGCUGCAACAUUUCCACGCACAAACAGCAACGAGACCCAAGAGUCGCAGGUAUCCCUUGAGGCGCAGCUGAUUGCUGAAGAAGAGGCGGAGCGUCGAGAACUCGAAGCCGCCAUCGCUGCUUCCAUCUCGCAAAACUCCCAUGGCAACCUGGAUGAAGACAAGCUCGUCGCUAACGCUAUCCGCGCAUCCAUUGCUGAACUCGACCGCACGCCCGAAACGGCUAGUGUAGAAGAGGAGGAACAAGCACUCAAACGUGCCGUGCAAGCCAGUCUCGACGAAGCUGGCCGCAACGGCAGCACUGCUGAAGAGAAGAGGCUACUUGAAGAGACGAUUCGCCAGUCCUUGCUAGACACGUCGCGCCGUCGGCAGCACGGUCAUGAUUCCGAGUGGGAUUCUGAUGACGAUACAGAAGACGACGAGGAGUUUCAGCGGAUUGUUGCUGAGUCCAAAGAACUCGCACACCUACAUGCCGCACACCCAGAGGAGUACCAGUCAGCGUCGGGAGCGCAAGAGAGUGGAAUCAUGAACGACAUUGCAGAUGCUACUGGCGCGAAUGGGACUCAUCCCGCGGAUGAAGACGAGGAGUUGAAGAAGGCGCUGGAGAUGAGCGAGAAAGCCCACCAGGAGAGUAUGCAGAAGUUGGAGGCACAAAAGACGGAGGAGGACAUCGUCAUGGAGUAUGUGCGCAAGCAGAGUCUCUUGGAGGAGGAGCAUAGGCAGAAGGUACUACAAGGGGGGAAUACGGCUGGUGAGGGAAGUGGUAGCAAGUAACAAGUGAAGAAGUGAUACCCUAGUGAAUCUAAGAUAUGAUACCUUGGAUUGUUUUGAUAUUCAGUUCCUUUCAUUGAUGUAUGAUUAAUCGUGUCGCGUGUUUAUCAUGCAUGCGAACUUGUUGCUGCAGGCCUAUUUUGAGCAUACAAUUGCUUCUCAGGUUUCCCUGCCGUGGUAUAACACUGCAGCGUCACCGCCGCGUUGCCCUGUCAUGUCGCACGAGCAUCCUGCUCAUGCGAUCACCUGUCACCUUAAACGAAUGUACUCAUACUCACC